AUGGUUAAAAGUGCAUUAACAUUGAAAAAUGAAGCCAAUAGCGCUCUAAAAGAAGGACAUGUUCCUAAAGCUGUAGAGCUCUAUUCUGAGGCAAUCAAACUUGAUUCCCAAAAUGCUAUUCUUUAUUCGAAUCGUUCAUUUGCGUACUUCAAGCUGGAGGACUAUGGACUUGCUAUUAUUGACGCUACGAAAGCCAUUGAAAUUGAUCCAAAUUUUGCGAAAGCUUAUUAUCGGAGAGCUUCUGCUCACAUAUCUCUUUUCCAGCCUAAAGAGGCGGCGAAGGACUAUAAAAUGGCUGUUAAUAAAGCCCCGAACGAUGCUACUGCUCGCUCAAAACUUCGAGAAUGUGAAGGAUUAUUAAAAAAAAUUCGAUUCCAAGAGGCCAUUCAAGUAAGUGAUCCUCCAUCUGCCUUGGCAAAUAUAAAUAUCGACGACAUGGAUGUUUCUGCCGACUAUGAUGGUGUCAAACUUAAAGCCGUAAUGACUGAAGAGUUUGUCCUCGACAUGUUGGACCGUUUCCAAAACGGCAAAAAGUUACCUUUGAAGUAUGCCUAUAGUAUUUUGAGGGAUAUCAAGGAACAUUAUGAGCAGGUCCCUUCAAUGGUCGAUGUUCAUUUGAAAGAUGAUGAAACUUUGGUAGUUUGCGGUGAUACUCACGGUCAGUUCUUUGAUCUUUUAAAUAUUUUCAAGUUACACGGUUCUCCAAGCCCUACCAAUAAGUAUCUUUUCAAUGGCGAUUUUGUCGAUAGAGGUUCUUGGUCUACUGAAGUUGCAUUUACUUUAUACGCUUUUAAACUCUUAUACCCCGAUUCCGUUUUCUUGAACAGAGGUAACCAUGAAACCGAUGACAUGAAUAAGGUUUAUGGUUUUGAAGGAGAAUGCAAAGCUAAGUAUAAUGAAAGAACCUUCAACAUUUUCUCAGAAACUUUCAUCGCGCUACCUCUGGGUACUUUGAUUGCUGACACCUAUUUGGUAUUGCAUGGCGGUUUGUUCUCUAACGAUAAUGUUACUUUGGAUCAACUUCGUAAGAUCGAUCGUUUCAGUACGAAGCAACCAGGUCAGUCAGGACUUAUGAUGGAAAUGCUCUGGACUGAUCCCCAAUCUGAACCGGGCCGUGGAGUUUCGAAGCGUGGUGUUGGUUUGCAAUUCGGUCCAGAUGUAUCUAAAAAGUUUUGUGAAGCAAAUGGAUUGCGUGCCAUUAUCCGGUCUCACGAAGUUCGGGACCAAGGUUAUGAAGUCGAACACGACGGUUAUUGUAUCACAGUUUUCAGUGCUCCCAACUAUUGUGACUCUACCGGAAAUAAAGGAGCUGUUAUCAAAGUUAAGAAGGAUAUGGAACUUGAUUUCCAGCAAUUUCAAGCUGUUCCUCAUCCCAAUAUUCGCCCUAUGGCUUAUGCAAAUGGAUUACUAAGUAGCAUGUGA